AUGGAGGAAAAAAGAGAAAUAGAGCCAUAUGAAAAGUUUUUAUAUUUAAAAAAUUUACUCCCAGUCAAUUUUAAUUUGACUGGAACCCGUAAUCAACAAUUAAUUUUACAAAUUAAAAUUCACUAUGAAACAUUAAUGGUAUUAAUAGAAGGUGCUGCUAACGAUUUUAUAAAUAAAAACUAUAUUUCUUUCGACCCUUUGGUAGGUGAAAACUCAUGUCACUUUAGAGCAAUCAUAACUUGGUUUAUUUUUGAAAAACAAUAUAACCUUUUAAAAGAAAGAUUUUUAAAAUUAUUAAUUAAAUUAAAAGAAGUUAGAGAUAGAAAUGAUUUAAAUUGUUUCAAGGAAUGUAAAAAUGAAAACUUAACAUUCGUUCAGAUUUUAAAUCGAUAUAAUUUAAAUAUUAAGAUAUCAAUGCAAGAAUACUAUUUAAUUUCAAACUGGAUAUUAACUUUCACAAAACUACAUUUUCACAGUCCUGAUCCAUUUUCAAAAGACAUUAGUGACCAUUCAAAAUUAUCCCCACUUAAAAAUUCUAUCCAUUUUAAUAAAAACAUAAUUAAACAUUUAAAAAAAAACUUAUCAGAAAUUACCGCAUCAAUUUUUAUAGAAUAUUCAUCCAAUGACACUGACACAUUUAAUAAAUUAAAUAGUCUGCUCUACAUUAAUAAUGCUGGAUUAAAUUGCUUACCCAUAUACUGGGGCACUAAGGUGUUGGUCAACAAACUUAUAGAGUUUAAAACACCUAUAGUAAUGGUAUAUAGAUUAGUGGCUAAGGAUUUGAAUUUAAGAGUUAUAGACUCAAUAUUAUUUAAAUAUAAAUAUAUCAAUGGUGGUUAUAAAGUAAUUGAAAUUUCAAAUUUAAAACUAGAUUUAAAUCCAUCUUUAAAAAAAAUUAAAAUUCAUGAUUGUGGCACCCCACAUGAUGACGAUGCUGCAGUUUUUAUAUAUUCAAAUUGCCUAAGAAACACUGAUGAGUUUACUUAUCCUAUAGUGGAAUAUUUGGUUUCUAAAAUAGUUGAAAUUGGUAUUACCGAAUUACUUAACCUAAGCAUGGCUAUACACAAACAAUAUCAAGAACCAAAUUGCAAUGAUCAAAAAAUAAUAAAUCUAAAAGAUAAUGAAUAUCUAACAAAAUGUGAAAUUGCUGAUAGUUUAGGUUUCAAUAUUUUAAAUCCUCAUUUAUUUUAUAUGGAGCAUAUUUUCACUGAAAGCAUAAAAAAUACUGAUAAAUAUUUUAAAUAA